CGGCCCCGGAGCGGUAUGUCCCAGCAUGCCGUGCGGCCCUCACUGUCCCAGCAUGCCGUGCGGCCCGGCUGUAACCCGUCCCCUCCCAGCAUGCCGUGCGGCCCUGCAGUGACAUGUCCUCUCCCAGCAUGGCCUGAGGCACAGCAGAGGGGCACGUCCCCUCCCAGCGUGCGGGCAGCCCCCCCCCCCGAGGAGCCACGUCCCAGCACGCUGUGCGGCCCAGCUGAGAGGCAGACAUCCUACCAGAUUGGCAACCCUAAUAUCCCAGCAUACUGUGCGGCCCUGCAGAGAGGUGGGAAACCUUGUUUGAUUCCCCCACUUCCCAGUGGAAAAGUUCAGCAGUCCAGCCUCACCUUGGAGCAGCUGAGACAGGUUGCCACUUGCGGGGAGCUGCCUGAGGUUCAGUUGAGUGUGGAGGAAGAUGGAGGCCACUUUGCCUGCAGUAGCAGAGGAGCUUUUGAAAGAGAUAAAAAAGGCUUUCCAGGAGACCUCGCAUGGCUGAAAUUUGUAUUUGGCUCAUCUGCUGUGGCAGCCUUGGAUUUGGUUGAUCAACACUCAGUCACGCGAAUCGUGUCUCCUAGUGGAAGGGCCGUGUAUCAGGUCCUUGGGAGUUCAGGCAAACUGUACACCUGUUACGCCUCCUGCCACUUCUGCACAUGCCCUGCAUUUGCCUUCUCCGUGCUGCGGAAGAACAACAGUCUGAUGUGUAAGCACAUCCUUGCCAUGUACCUCAGCCAGGCCACAGGCGCAUGCCAAGAGCUAUCUGUCUCUGACCAGCAGCUGGCAAGCAUCUUACUGGCAGAGGAAGAGGAGGAAGGACUUGGGACCAUGUGCUAACACCAUCUCUCCUGCAACGCCUCCCUGGCUCCUCCGAGGUACAUCGACAAACAUUACUAACAUCCCUAAGCCAACCACGUGUUGAUCAAGGCAGUUUUCCUCCCAAGCUAAAUUUAGGCUGGAAAUUAUUUUGCAGCCCUGCACCGUUGUAUUAGUUAGUUGUGUUGUAAUAAAUGUUAUGAAGCCUCAUAA